UGAUCUUCCACCGCCUUGAUCAUCCAUCGUCUCGAUUGCCCAUCGCCUUGAUCGCCCAUCGUCCGACGAGACGACCUCGCUCCCAGCACACCGCCAGCGCCGCGCUCUGCCUCUUGGUGGAUUGCAUCUCUGGCAUCAGGCCGUCCGCCCAUCCUCGCAUCGCCCAAAGCCCGCUGUCGCCGAUUCUGUGCCGACUCAUCAACCAACCCAUCAACCAACCCAAUCCACACCAGUUCACACAGCAUCCUGACCCAUGAACAACCAGCUGCCGCCCAGUUACGAUGAGGUUUUGAUGGUCGCAACUCCGUCCCUGCAGGACGCCGAUCAAGACCUGGCCACCCGUGAGCAGUACUCAGCGCUGUUGCCAAAGUCUUGUGCCUACUGCGACAGCCCCAACGACCACACCCUGGACCAGCUGCGGUGGGGUGUUUGUCCGCACCGCCUCAAAUCCAAAAUAACCGGCUCGGACGAUCAGACCAUCGCCUCGGUUCUAUCCGAGUCCCGGUCUGAGUUUGUGUCAGGAUUCGAGGCUCCAGCGACCUCCAGCCGCCUCGAGCUGGCGCUCAAGUACAUUGUCCUGCCCGUCUUCCUGUUGACCUCGAUCAGCAUCGGCGUCUACCUGUCGGCGGUGCCGGCCCCAAGCUUCCAGUUUGCAGCCCAGAUGGCCGACUUUGCCGUCUUUUCACAGUUUUCGCGGGUAUCUGUUGUGAGCCAGUUUAGCUACUUUUCGCUUGUCUCGCAGGGCUCCAUCUGCUCCAUCUACUCGAUGUUCUCCAUCUGCUCGUUUGCAUCCGUUUUCUCCAUCUUUUCGUUCUUUUCCAUCUUUUCGUGUGUUUCGUUCUACUCGGCAUACUAUACCUUUUGGAUCGUUGUGCCGCCCAAGCCUGCAAGCCCUGACUAUGCUGACGACCCGAGUUAAACAAGCGCCUUUCCCGUCCUUCCCUUCAGCAGCGGGACGACCGAUCGACGAUGACGGCAGGCUUUGGACUCGGCUGGCUUGCUUUCUGGCGUUGCCUUCCAUCCUGCUGCUCCUGGCUUCUAUUGCUCGCUGACCCCGGCAUCAAUGUCUGUGUUUCUGUUUCUGUACCAUGCGAUAGGGUGGAGCAAGUCAUCAUGAUUACUCGCUUCCGGUCCAGACCAUUGUGCGCUUCCAAGCAGUCGUAUUUUGCCUCUGCCUCCACCUGUAUCUCUUGCAUGUUUGUGAAAGCUGUAGGCGCACCGACACCUUCACUCGAAUCCAAUACGACCCAUGCGACCCUUCACUCGAACAGGAAAGGGUGUGCGGUCAUCUGGGUGAGUUGUGCUGAGCCAGUU